AGCCCGAGUUUCCUCUGGCCCUGACUUAAGACGAACACCUUAUAACAUGCUACAUAGAAUUUGCCGAUUUCUUUAAUUCUAUGGGUUUACCACGGACUUAGAUAGCAAAUAUAUUUUUAUUGUGUUGUUAAUUGUUUGUAAACAAAAUCACGGAAAGAUCAUCCCAUUACAGUGCGUGCUUAGUUUGCAACCCGAAUAACCUUGAACUCUCACCCAGGUUGUAAACAGAUACAUUUGGCGGAUGUGUGAGUUUAAGUCUACAAAAUUGUCUCAAUGAUGUUCUAUUUGGACGAUCGAGAUGAUGGAAACCAAACUUUUCUUUCCAGUAAAGGAGCUUACAUAUAAAGAACUGUUUGACUGGGCUGAUCCAGUGCAGCGAUAUAAAACCUCUUCAGUGUCAGUUCCACGAAAGAAUGGCCUCCUACGUCAGAAUAGUCGCACAGGCAGCUUGGUUGACUGCAACAAAAUGAAAAUCGCCCUUUUCAGACACGGAGAGCGGGUGUUUGCUGUUGAUGAAAAAUGUCCACAUGCAGGAGGUCCCCUACAUUUGGGGGAUAUUGAGGAAAUACCAGGAGGGGGUUUGUGUGUGCGGUGUCCAUGGCACAGUUGGAGGUUUGACCUCGACACUGGGAAGAGCACAAUGCCACGGGGGCGGGACUUGUUGAUGGCCAUAUACCCUGUAAGAGUUGAUCAAGACGGCAUCAUUUCAAUAGGAUUUGACAAAUUUGCAGACAGCUAUUUUUCUGCAGAAGAGGAAUUCUGAUUUACAGUCCUACAUCUUAAUAUGGCAAUAUUGAUAAAACUUAAUUUUUCUAAAAGUUUAAUUCUAUUUUGUAUGCAAUUAAUCAAAUUGUUUUAAUUAGAUCUAAAAGCAGGCAAGACCUGUGGAAUCGGUUUGAUCUUGUUCAUCGAUUGUUAUGUCUGAUCUGCUUGUUUUUUAUUUUAUCAUUUGUUCAUUAACAGUGUUCAAUGUUUUUAAAAUGAUGCUUCAUUUCUUGUUUUUGAAGUUACCUUAUUUUAAAGUCUGGUUUAAUUUUCAUUAUGUAAUGAGCAUGUUAAUUUUAUCAUUUGUUUUUACAAUAAGAAUUUUGAAUUUCUUUUUUUUAUUAUACUUUGUAAGUUGACAAGACUGAGUACAACUAUCUAAAGGAUAAGUUUUAAUAUGAUUGGUGGAACAGAUUAUGUUAGUCGAUAAAACAAGUAUUACCAGGUUUUGUUUAGAUUUUAGAGUUAUACAUGUAUACAUUGAUACCAAAAUGUAGAUAUUGAUUUUGUUAGUUGUUACUAAUUAUAUUGUUAAUUGUUUGCAUUGAUUAUUUUGUUACACUGGUUCUAGCCUUGUAUGUCAAAACACCAAUAUUAUAAACAAUUGGUGGAUUGACAGACGAGGCUACUUCCUAUGUUUUGUUAUGUUUAAUAUGUACAUGUAUAGGGCCGGUGGUUUUAAAAAAGAUGUUGUUAGUAAAAUCUGUAGUUUUGAUUUCUUCCUUCUCAUGUUCUGAACUUUAUAUCUUAAGUCCUGUCUAUUGAACAUUGUAUGCAUAAAAAUUAGAACGUCCGUAUACCAUACAACGUUAAAAUUUAUACAAGUGUGUACUGUGCAAUGUUUGUGUACACUGAACGAUGUUUGUGUAUACUGUACAAUGUUUGUGUAUACUGUACAAUGUUUGUGUACACUGAACGAUUUUUG